AUGUCUUCAUUACUUUGGUGCUUGACUGUUCUGAUUACAGCAAUUGCCGCCCAGUCGGCUUCCACAUUCAGCCCAGCACGGCCGCCUGCGCUUCCUCUGGCUGUGCGGACGCCUUACCUCAGUACUUGGCAACCUGCGGGCAGUGACGGCGGAAAUGGAGGGUAUCUUGCGGGACAGUGGCCUACCUUCUGGGCCGGUCAGAUCAAUGGCUGGUGUGGCAUGAUCAAGGUGGACAAUGAAACUUACACAUGGAUGGGAAAGCCAGACCCGCUCCCGCAGGUCGUUGAGCAAACCAGCUUCACUUACACAUCCACUCGAAGCAUCUUCACCAUGGAUGUUGGCGGUCUCGUCUCCAUGACCAUCACCUUUCUCUCGCCUGUAGCUCCCAAGGAUGAGAAGAGGCAGAGCAUGCCAGUCUCUUACAUGUCUGUUGAGGUGCAAUCGAAAGACGGCAAUGCACACGAUGUAUCCAUCUACACCGAUGUUAGCGCCGAGUGGGCUUCUGGAGACCGUGAUCAAGUCGCAGAGUGGACUCAGGGUAUUGCUCGUGACAACUCUCAAGAUAUUGUAUACCACAAAUUCUGGAGACAGCUGCAGCAGGAAUUCUCCGAGAACAGCGAUCAAGCCGCGUGGGGAAACUGGUACUACGCUACGGAGUCCGGAAAAGGUGUGACCACUCAGUCUGGAGGACACACCAGUGUUCGCAAAGAAUUCAUCGACAACGGUGAACUGCAAGACAGCAACGACACCAACUUUCGAGCCAUCAAGGACGACUUCCCGAUCUUCGCAUUCGCCAAGGAUUUAGGAUCUGUCGGCUCUGACUCGAUCGAGACGGUCUUCACCAUCAACCUGCUCCAAGAAAACAGCGUGCAAUUCAACCCUGGCGGUGGCCUGCAGAAAAUCCCUGCAUUCUGGACAAACACAUACUCGGAUGAGCUUUCCGCUGUCUGUGCAUUCUACCAGGAUUACUCUGCUGCCUCAAAGUCGACGCUGGCUUUGGACCAGAGCGUGGUUUCUGAUGCGCUGGCCGUAGGCGGUCAAGACUACGUGAUCAUCACCACACUGGCGGUCCGACAGGCGUUCGCCUCUGUUCAAAUCGCUGGUUCCGAAUCAGAGCACUACAUGUUCCUAAAGGAGAUUUCCUCCAAUGGAAACUUCCAGACGGUCGACGUUGUCUUCCCUUUCCACCCGAUCUUGCUCUACAUGAACCCAGAGUGGAUGAAGCUUAUCUUGGACCCAUUGUUCAUCAACAUGGAAGCUGAAUGGCCACAGCCUUACGCCAUCCACGAUCUGGGUGAUCACUACCCCAAUGCCACGGGGCAUGCGGAUGGCAUUGCAGCUCUCCAGCCGCUAGAAGAAUCUGGCAACAUGUUGAUCAUGACACUCGCCUACGCACAGAGGACGGGAAACACUGCCUACAUUGAUCAACAUUGGGAGAUUCUGAGCGAAUGGGCUGAUUGGUUGAUCUCGAACAAUACCGUUAUCCCCUUCAACCAGAUAUCCACAGACGACUUCGCCGGUCCAUUGGCAAAUCAGACCAAUUUGGCACUGAAAGGCAUCAUCGGACUAAAGGCCGCGGCAAUGAUGGCGGACUUGACCGGACAUGGAGAUGCAAGUGAUCGCUAUGGAAGCACUGCUCAAGACUGGAUUCAACAAUGGGAGGAGUUGGGCAUUGCCAAGAACGCAAACCCACCGCACACAACCCUGAGCUACGGUGACGACGAAUCCUACGGGCUGCUCUACAACAUGUAUGGUGAUGCACUUGCCAAGACCAACAUCGUUCCGAGAAGAAUCUACGAAAUGCAGUCCAAUUUCUACCCAUCCGUGGAGCAAAAGUACGGCGUUCCGCUCGAUACGAGGAACGUGCGAACGAAGAACGACUGGGAGAUGUUCUGUGCGGCCAUUGCUUCCAAGGACACCGCCGCAAUGUUCUUACGAGACCUUGUCAAAUUCAUCAACGAAACUCCCACCAGUGGUCCGGUGACUGACCUCCACACAGUCGACACGGGCACAUACUCGAAUGGGGCCGCUUUCAGAGCGCGACCCGUGGUUGGUGGGUGGUUCUCGCUACUGGCGUUGGACAAGACAGGCAUACCGGACGGUGUUUAG